CCUGGCAUUUCCCCCCAAUGAUAAAUCCAACGCAGGAAAGCACACAAACCAUCCUCCCGUAAUCCUAAUUCCCCUCAUCCUAUUUCUGCGCUGCGAAGUCGACCACGGCGUUUCUGGAUACCGUCUUUAGCGGGAAAUUUGCCAGUGGGUUGAAGCACCUUCGUAGGUCCACAUGGAGGAUUUACCCGGCGGUCCCUAAGAACUACAGGCCCCAGAGUGCUCCUUAUCAGUUGCGGGGCUCAGGCGCUUCCAUCGCGGAGCCGGAGGCGGUCGGGGCGGUGUUAGUCCCGUCGCCGCAGGAGAGAGGGCGGGCCCGUCUACCGGCUAGUCGGCUGGCUAAAUAAUUCGGCCGGUUUGAGCAAGGUCUGUGUCACCCAUUUUAUUUCUGAGGCGACGGGGCUCGGUGAAGAGUAGCGACGAGGGCUGGCUGACGCGGUUUUGCACUCAAUAUGUUGUUUGAAACGUUGUUAGCUAUGGUCCUUGGGACUGUUAUUUAUCUGUUCCUGACCAAGAAGAAGGAAGAAGUUCUGCCUAUGGGAGAUGGAUGGUGGGGCAAAGGGCAGAAGCCUGAUGCUGAGGAAGAUGAAACUAUACAUCCUUUUAAGGUGGAAACUUCAGAGGCUGAUAUCAUUUACUUGCACAGAAGACUUGAUGAAGCUAGAUACGCUGAGCCAUUAGAAGACAGUUAUUUUCAUUAUGGGUUUAACUCAACUUACCUUAAGAAGGUAGUGUCUUAUUGGAGAAAUCACUUCAACUGGAAGAAGCAAGUGGAGAUCCUCAACAAAUUUCCACAGUUUAAAACAAAGAUUGAAGGAAUUGAUGUACAUUUUGUACAUGUGAAACCUUCACACUUGCUGGAAGGCCAGUCAGCAAAACCAUUAUUAAUGGUUCAUGGCUGGCCUGGGUCAUUCUAUGAAUUUUACAAAAUCAUCCCCCUCUUGACGGAUCCUGCGAGCCACUGCCUGAAGGGCGGACAUAUUUUUGAAAUUAUUGCCCCUUCCAUCCCUGGCUAUGGCUUCUCUGAAGCACCUAACAAAAAAGGCUUUGAUGGUGUGUGUGCUGCCCGUGUCUUCUACAAGCUGAUGCGCCGACUGGGCUUCCAUGAAUUCUAUAUUCAAGGAGGGGACUGGGGCUCAUUGAUUGGUACUAAUCUGGCUCGGAUAGCUCCAAGCCACGUGAAAGGCCUUCACUUAAACUUUGUAGCAUUGCCUUCCAUGAGAUGUAAGGUACUUCUCUCUGUUCUGUUGGGAAAAUACCUGCCAAGGUUGUUUGGUUUCAAGCCUAAGGAUGUUGAAAGGCUAUUUCCUUUCAUGCCAAAGGUGUUGAUCAGAUUGCUGAUGGAGAGUGGCUAUUUUCACAUACAGGCUACCAAGCCUGACACAGCUGGUUGUGGUUUGAAUGAUUCUCCUAUGGGAUUGGCUGCAUACAUCUUGGAGAAGUUUUCUACGUGGACAGAUCCCAGCUUUCAACAACUAGAGGAUGGAGGCCUAGAAAAGAAGUUCUCUCUGGAUGACCUUCUUACAAAUGUUAUGAUCUACUGGGUUUCUGGCUGCAUAGUUCCUUCAAUGCGUUUUUACAAGGAAAAUUCUGGGAAAAGCAUGAAAAAGCAUGAGAAGUUCCCUGUGCAUGUUCCUACAGGAAUUGCUUCAUUUCCUCAUGAGAUCAUAUACAUUCCUCAGGCCUGGGUUCAACAGAAGUAUGUCAAUAUAAUUUCAUUCAACUACAUGCCCAGAGGUGGUCAUUUUGCAGCUUUUGAGGAACCAGAGCUCCUUGCAGGCGACGUUGUACAGUUUGUGGAAAAAGUAGAAAAGGGCAAUUUUGCUAAAUGAAGAAGAAAUAACUUUGUUUAAAUUGUAGGCUAUUGAAAUCACUAGCAGAGGAAGAUUCCUACAGACUGUGUUCCCCUCCCUUACAUAAAUUCUGAUUAUUGAAACCAGAAAUUAGGAAAAUAUUUUCCAUUUGAAAUAGUUUCUACUGUAAUUCUAGAUUCUUAUGAUGCAGUUAUGUCUUUUAUCCCAUAUGGUCAGAUGAAAAUUGAACGAAUCCUCUUUGAAGCUGAUUUUAUGAUGAAUUAAUAUAGUGCCCGAGAGGCUGAACUAUACAUGAGGAAAUCUCAGCUUCAGACUUUCACUGUUCAUAUAGCACCUUCCAGCAAUAUGGACCUUUGUAAAGCAAACAUGGGGAAACUGCUGCAUACCAAAUGUUGCUGGGUACUGACUCACAUUAGCCCCAAUCAGCAUAGCCAGAGAUAACAACAUACCAAGGGCCACAGGUUUCAGCUGCAUUUAUGAAGAAUAAAGUGAGUCUCUGCCUGCAUUAAACUUACAUGAUGUUGUAUUUGCUAAGAGUUUGCAAUCAGGCAAGAUUAUAAUUUCCCUAUUAUGAUGAAGUUUAGGUAUGUCAUCAAGAUCCACAUUGUACUCUUAAAAUAAACUGUGCAAUAAAUAAAAGAUGGCUAUAUUUGCUUGGCAGGAUA